AUGACAGUAGCUGUGCCAGCUGACGAUUCUUUUAUCAAAACGCAGGCAACAGUAGAGAGAGAAAAUCCAAAAGUUUCCAACAGAAAAAAAGAAUUAUCACUUAAAUGCCUUGUUGGUUAUAGUAAGCAAGUAAAGGAUUUCGAUGCUUCAGAAUUAAGUGCUGAAGGUUUUGAAAAAAGAGUUGAACUGAUUCGUGGAGCGUAUCGACGUAUUUUGAAAGUUCUUGUUAAGGAGUUCAAAGAUGAAAACGCCUUCGAAAGCUUGAAUCUUGAAAUUAAUUUUAUUGUCCCAUUGGCUAAUCUCAUUUGCUUGGUUUCAAAAAGGGAGCCGAAGAAAGAUUUGGGAGAUUUUUUUGACAUUUUCGCUUCCUUGAUAUGGCACCAUUUAAAGAGUCCCCACUUAAUACAAUCCUUUAUAAGCCUCUGCAGAGAUGACGAAUGUAUGGCAUCCCUUUUAAAAGUUUUAAAAGACAAGAAUACUGAUGAUUCCCUAACUUGCCACAGUAUUUCUGCGUUUUGGACUUAUAAAGAUAUAAUUUCUGAAGAAAGUGGAUCGAAAAGAUCACUUUCCGGUGUCAAUCUUGAUACUAGGCAAUUCCUCAGUUUUAUGCUCCCCAAAGCUACUCACAUAUGCAAAUUAUUUCAAAAUUUGAUUAAUUACUCAAAAUAUCCAAAGGAAGAUAAUCAAAAGUCCAUCAAAAUAAACAAAUAUUUAUUGGAACUUCUUAGUCUUUUGCAAGAUGACACAUACGCAGAAUUUUGUGCCUUAAUCUGCUACAAUUCUAGUGAGGCUUUUUCAAUAUUAUCAUAUGAUCCGAGCAAAGAGACACAUGGUUCUGAAAUCACCAAUAUUUGCAUUAGUAAGAUUUUGUCAAUUGCUUCUUGUUCCAUACUUUUGAGCGAUAUAAAUACCACUGCGGUCAAGAGAGAUUCUUUCAAACUUUGCUUAAGAAAUAAAUACUUGUUAAAUUUCAGUCCAUUAUUAAACCACAAUAAUGUCCUCCAAACUUCCUAUAAAGUAAUCCUCGAUGUCCUUGAUCAAAAUAACCAAAUAGCAUACUUAUCCUCAGCCAAUGUUCCAAAUUAUAUCUUAUUGUCGUUGAAAUCAAUAUAUGGGCUGCUGCAAGGUAAAAUUAAUCUUUACUCAGAGUUUAAUGCAUUAAAGCCAAAAAUAUCUAUGACAACAGCGUUCUUGAACUUAAACUACUUACUUUCGAUUAACCUAUGCACUCCCUACAACGAAUUUGAAGUUCCAGCUGUUAUCUUAGCAAACUUCAGUCAUUUGGCUUCAGCUCCACUUCCAAAGCCAAACUACUUCUUUGAGGGAAUAGCAUAUGAUAAUUCAUUUGACACCAGUAACCACUUGGCAUUCUGCGGAGACAAUUUUAAACAGCUUGUUCAAAGUGCUAUAUUGAAUUUAAGUCUCUUGUCUCAUACGUUCAAAGAUGAAUUUUUUGCUUAUCAAUUCAUUAGUAGCUCAUCAUCAGGCCAAUUAUAUCGAAAAAUUGUCUUCAAAAUGGUAGACCUAAUGAUUUCUUCCUUGUUUACCACUUUGUACUUUGUCUCAGGGACUGACGAGAAUAAUAUUGAAUUCAACCUUUUAACGGAGCUCACACAUAGACUAUUUUUCAAAAUGGUAACAAUUAAUCUCAAUACCGUAGAUAACUCUUUGAUUUGGGUGAGCCUUCUUAAUUUUGCUAAUGAUAUAUGCUAUGCGGACAUUAAAAACGUUCCAAUUUUUGAAGACAUCUUUCAAUAUCUAAUUAGAGAAGAUAGUUCCAUUCUUCAGGACACUUUAGUUAAAAGCGGUCUUCAACUUUUUGCGGCAACGUUCAGUGAUUAUAAAUCAAAAUGGGAAACCUUCGGAAGAUUUUUACAAAUAGAGGACCAGGUGGCCUGUAGUGAUUUCCGCAAUAUUUCGAUUGAGGAAUAUGGGUUUUUGUAUCCAAAUCAAGAUAUUAAUUUCAAGCCUAUAUCUUCUAAGAGCUCUGCCCCUGAAAACGAGGAUUCUGCAACAAUUUUUAACUUUGAAGAAUUAGCAAAUAAUAUUUCAACUCCUGUCAAACCACAUUAUGCUACAAAUUCAGCAAGACAGCAAAGUAUACAUGUUGAUCAAUAUGGUAUGACCUGA